AUGGCUUCUUCAAAGACGCCUGCCGUCAUUAGCGCCGGUGUGGCGUUGAUCACGAUCACGACGCUGGCGAUGAGCUCGAGAAUGGCGGCUCGUUGGAUGUACAAGACAUUGGGCCUUGACGAUGUUAUGAUCUUAAUUAGUUGGUUAUUAUCUUUGGCGCUCUGCAGUUGCAUUAUGAUUGCUAUGCAAUACGGGCUCGGGCACCAUCACGACGACGUCAGCGCCGAAAAUUAUAACACAUUCCUCAAGCUCCAAAUAGCCUGCUCCGUCACAUACAGCUGGGGGGUACAAGCGGCGAAGGCAUCUUUUGCAAUGCUAUACUUGAGGAUCUUCCCCGAGGGCAACUUUAGGAUUGUUAAUAGGGUCCUAAUCGUAUUCGUCUUAUGCCAAGCCAUCGAAGAAACAUGCGUCGUUAUCUUUAAAUGCCAACCUAUCCGAAAAUCGUGGGACUUCCAAUUAGAGGGGUCAUGUCAUGAUCUGCACCCUCUUUGGUAUAGCACCUUCAUCUUCAAUCUCAUCACCGAUCUAAUCCUAUUCAUCGAGCCCAUACCCUCGACGUGGAAGCUUCAACUGCCGAUUGUCAAGAAGCUUGGAUUCAUCUCCAUGUUGUCGUUGGGGUUAUUGGUGACUGUGAUUUCCGUGAUACGUAUUGUAUAUGUCACGGGCAUAGGCGCAGAUGAUACAUACGAACUAGUCAACCCCCUUAUAUGGUCAAUGGUUGAAAUCUGCGCGCUUAUUAUAUGCUCGAGUAUACCGUCAGUCAAACAGGUCGCUGCGAAGAUCCCCGUCCUCAACCAUUUGCUAGGAAUAUCGUCUGUGGGAGAAUCGUUCGGGCCCUGUAGAAAAAAGAGGAACUCGAUACCGUUAGGUAGCCGAAGUCACAGAGACUACGUAAAGACGCAGAAAUCGAGGACGCUAAGCGUACAAAGGUCCAACCCAUUCGGCAUGACGAGCCACGUGACGGCCGCAGCGAUAGAGGACGCGGUCAGUGAAAGCGGUAGCCAGGACGAGAUAUUCCCGCACAAGAGUGAUCAGAAUGGGGUGAUUAGGGUCACUACCGAAGUCCAACAUAAUGUCGAAUCCGGCUCGGAUAGUGCGAGACAUUUCUCUGACUUGACCUCACUACAUCGCCACGAGUUGAAAAAUAUCGUUGAGAGGCAGAGAUCGACGAAAGGGAAUGGUGGUGACAAAAACUGGUUGCGCCGUUCAGGAUAG